AUGUCUCUCAAAGGCCAAGUCGCCCUCAUCACUGGCGGAGUCAAAAACCUCGGUGCCAAAACCGCUGAGGAACUCGCCGCGCAAGGUGCCUCUCUCGCCCUGCACUACCACUCCGCCAGCAGCCAAUCCGACGCCGCCCAGCUGACCGCCGAACUGACCCAGAAGUAUCCGGAUCUCCGCGUCGUCACGUACCAGGGCGAUCUGACGCGGGCAGCGGCAGUGACCAAGCUGUUCCAGGAUACGUUGAAGGAGUUUGGCAAGAUCGAUAUCGUCAUUAAUACCGUGGGACGGGUGCUUAAGAAGCCUAUCACGGAGAUUAGUGAGGAGGAGUAUGAUUCUAUGUUUGCGAUCAAUUCCAAAACCGCCUUCUUUGUCCUCAAAGAAGCCGCCGCACAUGUUUCCGAGGGCGGAAAAAUCAUCACCAUCGUGACGGCCCUGUUGGGUGCUUUCACGGGGUACUAUACGUCCUACGCGGGAAGUAAAGCUCCUGUUGAGCACUUUACUCGUGGAGUGUGCAAAGAGCUUCAAGCAAAACGCAUCAGCGUCAACAACAUUGGACCCGGACCGAUGGAUACACCGUUCUUCUACCCUCAGGAAUCUCCCGAGGCUGUCGCCUUCCACAAGUCCAAUGGUAUGGGAAAUCGUUUGACCAUGGUCGAGGAUAUUGCUCCGGUUAUUCGGUUCCUGUGCACCGAGGGAUCGUGGAUCACGGGCCAGACUAUCUUUGCCAAUGGGGGAUAUACCACUCGGUAA